CAGAUAUCCAUAUCCAUAUUCAUUUUCCAACUUCCAACUGAAUUUCCACAGGCUUUUAUAUCAAACACGACGAACUUUGUCUCAGUCAAUGUUUAUAAAUAGCAGAAUUUUUUAUACAAUUCUUUUGCGCAGAAUCAAUCAGUUAGUUCUGCCGACUUCAAGACCAUACGUGUGCUUCUGCAUCUGCUCCACAUUAGGACAGUAGAGAGGGGCUGUGGUGAAAACAGUUGAGAGUUCGUCGAAGAGGAGGUGGUAGAAGCGAAACGAAUGGAGCUGCGAAGCGCUAAAAAUGGCGCGCAAAUGUAUCCGAAACCUGGGGUUUAUAUGCUUUUUUCUUAUGCUGAUAGAAUAGAUUUGAUGCUGAUGAUCACCGGAAGCAUAGGCGCCAUUGCGAAUGGCGCGACGCAGCCGAUUAGCACACUUACAUUUUCGCAACUUGUGAACUCUUUGGGACAGACAGAUCAUAGUCAGCUCCUCCAUCAAGUUUCAAAGGUGGCUCUUAAGAUACUAUACAUUGCAAUUGGCGGCGCUGUCGCCGGAUUUCUGCAGGUGUGCUGUUGGAAGGUAACCGGAGAGCGCCAAUCAAGCCGGAUACGAGCAUUGUACUUGAAGGCAUUGCUAAGGCAAGAAAUUGCCUUUUUCGACACUGAAUCCACAACAGGGGAAAUGAUGAGCAGCAUCUCUGAAGAAGCCAAUCUCAUUCAAGAAGCCAUGGGAGAAAAGGUAGGCAAGUUCAUGGAGUUCGCAUCGACCUUCAUUUCUGGCUUCAUUAUAGCAUUUGCCAGAGGCUGGCUUCUGUCGAUAGUCUUGCUUUCAUGGGUUCCAGCGAUUGUCUUAGUCGGAGGAUCCUUGGCGCUUCUUACAUCGAAGAUGUCUGCCAACAGACAGACGGCUUAUGCAGAAGCGGGACAUGUUGUGGAACAAACACUCGGCGCCAUUAGGACAGUUGUAUCGUUCUCUGGAGAGUCGAAAGCGAUCAUAAGCUACAACAAGAAGCUAGAAAUUGCAUACAGAGCAGCGACUCGACAAGGCUUGGUGUCGGGGGUUGGACUUGGCCUAAUGUUGCUAAUAACUUUCGCCAGCUACGGCUUCGCCAUUUGGUACGGAUCGAGGCUGAUUUUGAACAAAGGGUACAACGGAGGCGAUGUCGUGAAUGUCAUCAUCGCCAUCAUGAUAGCCGGAUCGUCGCUGGCGCAGACGUCGCCGUGUUUGAAUGCAUUCUCAGCAGGGCAAGCUGCAGCAAACAAAAUGUUCGAGAUCAUCAACCGGAAGCCAUUGAUCGAUCCAUACGAUACGAGUGGGAUAAUCAAGACAGGCGGCCUGGAAGGCGACGUCCGGUUUAAGGAUGUCUACUUCAGUUAUCCAUCACGGCCUGAUGUCCCGAUAUUCGCUGGACUGUCGUUACAUGUCCCGAAGGGGAAAACAACGGCGUUGGUAGGACAGAGCGGAAGCGGCAAAUCGACUAUAAUCAGUUUGCUGGAGAGGUUCUACGAUCCUGACGCCGGAAAAGUUCUCAUCGACGGCAUUGAUCUGAAAAAGUAUCAGCUGAGAUGGAUCAGGCAACGGAUGGCGCUCGUUAGCCAGGAGCCGAUCCUGUUUUCGACCACGGUGAAGGAAAAUAUACUUUACGCGAAACCUGAUGCAACCGACGAAGAGAUCAGACGUGCUGUCGAGCUUGCAAACUGCGCUGAAUUUGUCGAGCGGCUGCCUAAUGGGAUCGAUACAAUGGUAGGCGAAAACGGGGGGCAGCUAUCGGGGGGCCAGAAGCAAAGAGUCGCAAUUGCUCGGGCGAUCCUAAAGAAUUCGAAAAUUCUUCUUCUUGACGAAGCAACAAGCGCGCUGGACGCUGCAUCUGAGCGCAGCGUGCAGUGUGCGCUCGAGAAAGUCAUGCCUGAUCGAACGACUGUUGUUGUCGCUCAUCGCUUGUCCACAGUAAAGAACGCCGGGAUCAUAGCUGUGUUGGAUGCCGGAAAGAUGAUUGAACAAGGCGCGCACGAUGACUUGAUUCAAAAUCCGGAAGGCGCAUAUAGUCGGCUCCUUUACUUGCAAGAGGGCAGCACAGAAGCAUUACACAAGACUCGGAAUGGCACAGCUGAUAUUGACAACUUAUCCAUCAAAACAGAGCAUUCUGUAGUCGAAUCGAGCAAGAAUUUGACAGUUGCCCUUCCAAGAAAAAGAUCGAUGAAGUAUAAGGCAGUUGAAGUAGAUGAGUUCGAUGUGAAGAAUAAAACAAGCUUAGCAUACAAACGGUUGGCUUACUUAAACAAACCUGAGCUUCCUUCUCUGCUCAUCGGAUCCAUAGCUGCAGGCAUCCAUGGUGUCGCCUUCCCCGUGUUUGGAUUACACAUGGCGACAGCGUUUGGAGUGUUCUUCGAACCUCCAAAUGAGUUACAGAAGAAAUCGAGGUUUUGGGCGCUAAUGUUCAUCGCUGUGGGCGCAGUAGUUUUGGUUGCUGUGCCGGUUCAAAGCUACAUGUUCGGAGUGUCCGGUGGGAAACUGGUGCGGCGCAUUCGCGCCUUACUCUUCGAAAAGAUCGUUCAUCAAGAAAUCGGUUGGUUCGACGAUCCAGCAAACUCGAGUGGCGCAAUCGGCGCGAGGCUAUCCGGCGAUGCCUUGACCGUGCGAAACCUUGUUGGCGACAGGCUGGCUUUGGCUGUCCAAAAUGUGGCAACUGCAGCAGCUGGCCUUCUCAUUGCAUUCAUGGUUAACUGGAAGCUCGCGCUCACUGUUGUCGUCGUCGUCCCUCUUAUGCUCGUAGAAGGAUACUUUCGGAUGAAGCUCGUCAAGGACAGGACUAACAAGGCGAUGUUCGAAGAAGCGAGUCAGGUAGCAAGUGACGCGAUCCGUGGAAUCAGGACCGUCGCAUCCUUUCUAGCUGAGCGCAAAGUGAUGGAAAUGUACGAAAGAAAAUGCGAAGGUCCGAUGAAACAGGGAGUUUGGCACGGAGCUGUGCGAGGCGCCGGUUUAGGAUUUGCGAACUUUGUGUUGUUCUGCAUCUACGCCUUUUCUUUCUACAUCGGCGCUGUUCUUACAAAGCGCGGCGAGGCCAAUUACAGCGAGGUGUUUAAGGUCUUCUUCGCAUUUCAAGUGUCCUCGCUCGGCAUUGCGCAGAGCGGUAGCCUCGUUGAAGACUUCAACAAAUUCAAGCAAUCCGCAGCGUCCAUCUUCGACAUCCUCGACAGACAGUCCUUGAUCGACGGCAGCAGCAACGAAGGGCUGCAACAGGACACAUUGAAAGGGGACAUCAAGUUUCGAAACAUCAGCUUUCGAUAUCCUACGCGACCCGACGCCGAGAUCUUCAAGAACUUAUGCUUGUCGUUAUCGCCGGGAAAGACAAAUGCGCUUGUCGGACAGAGCGGAAGCGGCAAGUCGACGGUGAUAAGCCUGCUGCAGAGGUUUUACGACCCCGACGCAGGCCAUAUCUACUUGGACGGCAUCGAUAUAUACAAAUUCAACGUACGAUGGCUUAGGCGACAGAUGGGGCUCGUCGGCCAAGAGCCUCUUCUCUUCAAUGAGACGAUCCGCGACAACAUUUGCUUCGGCAGGGACCGCGGCGUGCUCGAAGAAGAGGUCAUUGCAGCAGCAAAGGCGGCAAAUGCACACGGCUUUAUAUCUGCACUGCCCAACGGCUACGACACUUACGUCGGCGAGCAUGGCGUGCAGCUGUCGGGCGGGCAGAAACAGAGAAUCGCCAUUGCCAGAGUGGUUCUUAAGGAUCCGAAGGUGCUGUUGUUGGACGAGCCGACGAGUGCGUUGGAUGCGGAGUCGGAGCGGGUAGUGAUGGAGGCGUUGCGUGGAGUCGGAGCCGGUGGUAGGACGACUGUGGUGGUGGCGCACCGGCUGAGCACCGUCAGGAAUGCUGACAGCAUUGCGGUGAUCGAAGAGGGUCGGGUUGCGGAAGAAGGGACGCACGACGAGCUCUUGAUGAUCUCCGGCGGCGUCUACGCCAAUUUGGUGUCGUUCGACGUUGUAUUGCAGCGAGGAACUGUUUGAUUGGAUUUUUUUUGUUUGAUUUUUUUGGGAUUUUAGGUAAGUGUAUAGAAUUGAUUCAUUUGAUUUAUUAUUGGUUUCAUAUAUGUUUUUGUUUCAAUUGUGAAGCUAAAGCGGGAGUCUGGGAUGAAAAUUCUUUGUUAACAGAAUGAGUCGAGCAAAUUUUAAGUG